AUGUGCUACUUUCUGACUUCCAGUGUCAAGACUGUGAUCCAAGCAGACAAGAAGGAUGCGUCUGAUGAGACCAAAAAACGACUUGGUAUCAUUGAGACGCUGAUUAAGAUUAUCCGUACCAAGGGUCCGGUCUCGCUGUACCGCGGCUUUAUGGCCAACAUGGCCAACACCUUCAUCCAGCAAUUUGCCUACUUUUACUGGUACACUCUUGUCCGCUCUGUGUAUAUCAAACGCAUCCUGCGGUCGACCGUGGCUGCACCCUCACUGAAUGUCAUGACAGAGCUUGUGCUGGGUGCUUUGGCCGCUGCCUUUGCGCAGCUGUUUACCACACCUGUAGGCGUGGUUGCGACACGCCAGCAAAUUGGCGCGGACCACCAUGAGGCCGACAACACGUUCACCGGCCACAUCAAGGAUAUUUUCCGCACCGAUGGUAUCACUGGCUUCUGGCGUGGUCUGAAGCCGGGCUUGGUUCUCACUGUGAACCCGGCCAUUACAUACGGUGUCUUUGAGCGUGUGAAGAACAUCAUCCUGGCCGCGUCGGACGGUCAGAUGACGCCAGGCAAGUCGUUCGUGAUCGGCGCUCUGUCUAAGACCCUGGCUACGAUCGUCACGUUCCCGUAUAUCAUCAGCAAGGUCCGCCUUCAGGCCAAGGACACACCCUACAAGGACUCCUUCCAUGUACUGGGCCACACCUACAAGGAGAAGGGCUUCUUUGGUCUAUACCAGGGCAUGAACGCUCAGAUCACGAAGGCGGUGCUCUCGCAGGCGCUCCUGUUCUACUUCCGCGACUACUUUGAGAUCUGGACUCGUCAGAUCCUUGCUCUGUACGCGAAGAAGGCGUAG